AUGUUUGCAAUUCCCGUGGGGGUUGGGUCAAAUGGCGGGAAUUCAUUUGAGCUAGCCAAGUUGCUGAAAAGAGACCUGGAGAGGGCGUUUUCGCUUGGGCACAGCGCACUAGGGCAAAUGCAUGCAGAAGUGUGCAGGGGUGCGCCUCCGGGGGAGAGCCUAGAAGGCAGAGAGCGGGGAAAUAGGGAGACACCAGACGAAAGCGGCGGUGCAGAUAGGAAGAGGCUGCGCGUGGACAUAUCAGACAUGGACUCGAUAGCUGCAGACAGCCUAGCAGAUCUGGGGAUGGCUGUAUUCAUAUGCUCUACAACCGGAGACGGCGACGCGCCCUACAACAUGCAGCAGUUUUGGAAGGCUCUGAAAAGAAAGUCUCUGAAUGGAAAGUUUGACUUCUACUUUGCAGUGAUUGGCUUGGGGGACUCAAACUACACAAAGUACAACUAUGCAGGAAAAAGGCUGUUUAAUAGGCUGCAGCAGGUUGGAGGAACGCCGCUGUGCAGGAGAUGCGACUGCGACGAAAUGGACCCCAUGGGCGUCUACACCGCAUAUACGCCGUGGGUCGAGGAGCUAAAGGGGAAGGUGCAGGAAAAAUGGGCUGCGCUUUCUAAAAAUAGACUCUCCUGCCUUGAGGCAAAAGAAAAGCCGCACAGGGGCACAUACUUGGGGAAAAAGCAGCUGGCGCCUGCGCCAAGAGAGGAGCUGGAAAAAAUAAACAGCGUGCUGGGCGAGUGCGAGAACACAUGCACAGAGGCAGGCGGCAGCCUGUCCGGGCUUGGGUCCAUCUACUCCGCAGUGUAUGAAUACAGCAUAGAGCUGGACAUUCCGGGAUACGAGUACUCAAUAGGCGACGUGCUGUCAAUAGAGCCCGAAAAUGCGGACUACAAGGCUGUUUCCAGCGAGAUUUUCUUUGACGACGAAGAGCUGGCCUCAAAAAAAAUAGACUACAGCUCGAUUCCUAUGCACCACCACAUAAAAGACCUGUACUGCAUGGCCAAGGAGGGAAAGCAUGUGGUUAGCACAUGCCCCGAGGGCCAGAGAGAAAUGUAUCUGGCCAGGCUGGGCGAGAUCAGCCAGUCGUAUGACAUGUACCACCAGUACAUUCUGCAGAUGAAGAAGCCAUUCAAAGACGUGCUGCGCGACUUCUAUCUAAAGAUAUCGGUGAAGUCUGGGCUGAUAAGACGCAUAUACCCGCGAUACUACACAAUUAGCAAACGAGAUGGACAGGUGUACAGCAUAACCGCAGGGCGGAUAGAGAUGAAGCACUACAAGCAGAGAAUCAAGGGCGUGUGCUCAGAGUAUCUUUUCCAUCUGGGGGAAAAUAGCUGCGUUUCAGUAGACAUAAAAAAGACGCAGCUGGAGAUAGAAGGGGAUGUCCUGGUUGUAUGCACAGGCACAGGCAUGGCCUUGGGGCGGGCUAUAGUAAACGAGUAUGCGCAGGGACGGGCUCAGGGCAUAUCCAGCGUUUCAGUUCUGUUUGGGUUCAGGUCGCUAUUCAUAGAUUGCCUGCACUUUGCGGAGAUGGUGGAGAAGGGCCCGGUGCGGGUGCUGCACAAAGGCCGGCAUUUCUAUGUGUGCGCUGAAAGUGAGGAGAAAGGGGUAAAGAUGCUGCUGGGGCCCUCGAGAGCCAGCCUGUGCAAGGGUCUUUUGGCAAAGCACGCAGUUAAUCCGGGAGACGUAGAGGAGAAAAACUACAUUGAGAACAUUUUAGACAUAAUAGACACAGAAGAUCUUGACAGGAACAUCAUUCUAUGCGGGAGCGUGCGUCUUCUAAAGACAGUCCCGGGGAUCUUGGAAAGAAGAACUGGGGGCGCAAAAAAGCCGCAUAGCGAGUGCUGGUAG